UUACUUUUUCUCCCUUUGUAGGCCAAAGAAAUCCUGACAAAAGAGUCCAACGUGCAAGAGGUUCGAUGUCCAGUCACCGUCUGUGGAGAUGUGCAUGGGCAAUUUCAUGAUCUCAUGGAACUGUUUAGAAUUGGUGGCAAAUCACCAGAUACAAAUUACUUGUUUAUGGGAGAUUAUGUUGACAGAGGAUAUUAUUCAGUUGAAACAGUUACUCUGCUUGUAGCUCUUAAGGUUCGUUACCGUGAACGCAUCACCAUUCUUCGAGGAAAUCAUGAGAGCAGACAGAUCACACAAGUAUAUGGUUUCUAUGAUGAGUGUUUAAGGAAAUAUGGAAAUGCAAAUGUUUGGAAAUAUUUUACAGAUCUUUUUGACUAUCUUCCUCUCACUGCCUUGGUGGAUGGGCAGAUCUUCUGUCUACAUGGUGGCCUCUCACCAUCCAUAGAUACACUGGAUCACAUCAGAGCACUUGAUCGUCUUCAAGAAGUUCCUCAUGAGGGUCCAAUGUGCGACUUGCUGUGGUCAGAUCCAGAUGACCGUGGUGGUUGGGGUAUAUCUCCUCGAGGAGCUGGUUACACUUUUGGGCAAGAUAUUUCUGAGACGUUUAAUCAUGCCAAUGGUCUCACGUUGGUGUCAAGAGCUCACCAGCUGGUGAUGGAGGGAUAUAACUGGUGCCAUGACCGGAAUGUAGUAACAAUUUUUAGUGCUCCAAACUAUUGCUAUCGUUGUGGUAACCAAGCUGCAAUCAUGGAACUUGAUGACACUCUAAAGUACUCUUUCUUGCAGUUUGACCCAGCACCUCGCAGAGGCGAGCCCCAUGUCACUCGUCGUACCCCAGACUACUUCCUGUAAUGAAACUUAAAACUUGUACAGUAUUGCCAUGAACCAUAUAUUGACCUAAUGGAAAUGGGAAGAGCAACAGUAACUCCAAAGUGUCAGAGAAUAGUUAACAUUCAAAAAACUUGUUUUCACACGGACCAAAAGAUGUGCCAUAUAAAAAUACAAAGCCUCUUGUCAUCAACAGCUGUGACCACUUUAGAAUGAACCAGUUCAUUGCAUGCUGAAGCGACAUUGUUGGUCAAGAAACCAGUUUCUGGCAUAGCGCUAUUUGUAGUUACUUUUGCUUUCUCUGAGAGACUGCAGAUAAUAAGAUGUAAACAUUAACACCUCGUGAAUACAAUUUAACUUCCAUUUAGCUAUAGCUUUACUCAGCAUGACUGUAGAUGAGGAUAGCAGCAAUCAAUCAUUGGAGCUUAAUGAACAUUUUUAAAAAUAAGUACCAAGGCCUCCCCUCUACUUGUGACUUUUGAGAUCGUUUUGUUUAUUUUCAGGGAUACCGUUUAAUUUAAUUGUGUGAUUUGUCUGCGCUCAGUUUAUUUCCCUUCCAAAUCUCAGCCUCAUGUUGUUCUUUGUUACUGUCAGAACCUGGUGAGUUGCUUUGAACAGAACUGUUUUUCCCUCUCUUGUAAGACAAUGUUACUGCACAAGAGCACUGCAGUGGUUUUCAUAAUAAACUUGUGAACUAAAAAAAGAGAAAGUCAAAUUUUAAUAGUUUCAAUGGGCAAAACUGGUGCUGUUGAUUUAAAGAUAACAUCAACUGAUAAAUUUUAGAAUUUGUAGACUUCUCAGUAAAGAAAAAUAAAAAUGAAGGCCACUACAUAAUCUCUGGUAAUCCUUGAUGGUCCUGAGAUGAAGUGUCAGGACUGACUUGGACACAGUACAGUUUGUCAGAUUGCCUUGUGCCCUUCAUGGCUUCCUCCUGCAUAUUGACUUGUCUGCGAGAAAGGAAAUCUAUGUGCUUACUUCAGGAAGACCUGGCUGUAAAACCACAGAACUUGAGAUUUAAGUUUUUUGGUUUUGUUUUAAUAAAACAGCAUGUUUUCAGGAAGAGCUUGACAAACUGAUGGUGUCUACUUAUCAGUGUGCACUUUCUGGUUACAAACAUUAUAUUGCUAUGUGUGUUACAUGAACUCUAAAAUGAUGGCAGUAAGUUCUUAAAUAUUUACACAUUGUCAUGUGAACUUAGAGUUUAUCUCUGAUGAGAACGCUGUUAAGCAUUAUCCUGUAAGCUCUUUAAGUGAUACUUGUUAAACCAAAUAGAAAACUAUUGCUGGGUCAUGGUUUAGUGUUAAUGUACAUUCACCCAAGGAUGAAAAUGGCAUUUGAAAUUAAGUGGCAGUGUAAGCAUUUAAUGAGUUUUUUCCUCUCUUUUUAUUCUUUGAAUAGGAUUAGAAAGUUGAAACAGUCCUUCUGUGGAAACUAAUAGUUGGUCAUAUUAAGCUACCAGGGUAAACUUCAGGACACUUACUCAUUACUUGUGUGAAUGUAGUAAUAAAAGUUUCUUUGCUUUGUACUGUGUUGAAUUUUCAACUGACAAGGAAGUUUUCACAUUUCUUUUUAUAAGAUGCUUGAAGAAAGUACAUACACACUAUAUAUUUAAUUUUUAAAUAUACAUACACACUAUAUAUAUUUUAGAUCUUCUCUGAUCUAAUUGACAGUAUUUUGGUGGCUUACAGAAUUGAUUAUCCAAAGGAAAAAGCCCUUAGUUUUUCUACAUGUCUCCGUUGAAUUGUAUUAUUUUAUGCUUUUACAAGAAGUAGAUCUCUAUCCCCUUUGCAUUGUCACUUUAUGCCCUUUCUAUCUGACUGAACAAGUAGUUUUAUCAAUGUGCAGUUUUAAUCCAUUAUCCAGGUAGUCUAGAUACCAAGCAGCUGUUUUUCAGGUCCUGUAAUACCAGAAUUGACUCUGAAGGAAUGUGUAUCUUUUAAUUGACUUGUGGGACUGUCAUCCAAUUACAAAUUCUCUGAAGUAAAUCUUGUGGCUAGCAGAAAAGGGCUUGUAGCCAGUAUGGCCUGGGUUUAAAAUGAUGACCGGGUUUAAACUGACUGUCUAAUUUGAGAGAAUGACUGGGCUUUGGCCAUCUAAACUAGAAAAUGUUAGUAACCUACCUGAUUACGAAAUGGGUAAAGAAAAUGCAUUGGUAAGUAGUAAUUCCCUUUAAAAAUUUGUAAUUGUUGCUGAUUUCUCAGUAACAUGAAAAUAGAAUUUUCAUAAUAAACGUUUUAAAAGCUUGUUAAAAAAAA